GCCAUAUUGAUGCUUAUCUUUGGUCGGAAACGCUUUGCCGUCACGAGAUAAGCAACACCUGUGUUCUUGUUCUUACUGGUGAAUGCUCCCAGUCUGGCGAACAUCAUAUGAUCUAUAAAUGGUAUUGAGGCGAUAUCUUGAAACCCUGCAGCGAUAACUUCAAUACGCCUUUCCUCAACGAAAAGAACAUUGGUUCAUUGAGCCAAACAUCAGUGACAUGUCUCAACCCAAUUCAGAAAAGGCUGACGCCAUUACGCCGGCGCCGGCUCGCAGUAGUGGAAGCAUUGACGCGGGCAAGCUCGAAAACGCCGAGGAUGCAUUCGAGGUCUUCAAGCGUAGUGAAGGAUCAGUUGACUUCCGGACAGUUGGCUGGAUUCAAGCCUCGGUCAUCUUUCUCAAGGUCAUAUUUGCUACCGGCGUUCUCACGAUUCCCUCCGCCAUGUAUGUCCUCGGCGCACUCCCAGGUGCCAUCAACGUCUUGGGCUGGCAAUUUCUGAAUACAUACUGUGCCAUCAUCCAAGGAAACUUCCGCAACACUCAUGCUGGUUGUCAUUCCAUUGCCGAUAUGGCUCAUGUAGUUGGGGGUGUCUGGCUCAAAGAAAUUGUUGGAGUCUUAUUUCUUGUCACGUAUGCGAUUGUUGGCGCGUCCGGAAUCUUUGGUACAUCGGUUGCUUUCAACGCCCUCUCGAACCACGCUAUUUGCACCAACUAUUACAUGUUGGUUGCAACAGCUGCAGUUUUCAUUCUUGCUAGCAUUCGCAAGUUUGAGAAAAUCGCGUGGUUGACGUGGGCUGGGUUCCUGUCCGUGUACAUUGCCGUCUUUAUUGUUGUAGUUGCCGUCACGCAGGUGGACAGACCUGCCGCUGCUCCACAGACUGGUGAUUUCGAUCUCGGAUACCACGUUAUUGGCAACCCUAACUUUGUCACCGGCAUCACGUCCGUCGCUACUAUCUUCUGUUCCGGCGCAGGCACUUCUGCAUUUCUUCCUGUUAUAUCGGAAAUGAAGAAACCAAGAGACUACAACAAGGCCGUGUAUCUUUGCAUGGGAGUUGUCACAGCUUCUUACUUGACUUUGUCUCUCGUAGUCUACCGUUGGUGCGGCCAAUGGGUGGCGUCCCCUUCUCUGGGGAGCGCUGGUGACGUUGUCAAGAAAGUGUCGUAUGGCAUUGGCCUGACCGGUCUGAUGGUCAGCGCAUGUCUAUACAUUCACGUUGCCGCCAAGUAUCUCUUCGUUCGACUUCUGCGUAAGUCAGUUCACCUGCAGAAGAACUCGGUUGUCCACUGGUUCGUCUGGAUUGGAUGCACUUUCGCCAUGUCAGCUGUCUCAUACCUCCUGGCAUCCGGCAUUCCCAUAUUCAACUACCUGCUUGCUCUGGCAGGAAGCUUGACUUUCGCACCUCUGGCGCUUGGUCUCCCAGGCUACCUCUGGAUUUUUGACCACCAACACUACCGCCAGGGAACAUGGUGGCAGGUGACGGUGUAUUGGCUAAAUUGGCUUAUGAUCCUCUUGGCAGUCUUCUUGACUAUCGGAGGAACCUACGGUGUUAUCCAGAAUAUCAUUGACGCGUACGCCCACGGAUUGAUUGGAGGCGCGUUUUCUUGCGCGGACAACAGCGGCUCCUCAUGAUGAUGACGAUUUAGCAAAGCUGCGUGAAUAAAGGAAUCGAUUUGAAGAGGGUGGAUCGUGUUAUUUCUGUGUAAUUUGAUGUAGUUAGACUCUUGAGUUGAAUCCUUAGAGGAGGACAAGGAUAUUGGUAGCAAAUGACCAUCUGUGC